AUGAAGGACCUUGGGAGACUAAAGUACUUCCUCGGGAUCGAAGUACUCAGAUCGAAGAAAGGGAUAUUUAUCAGUCAGAAGAAGUAUACUCUUGACUUUCUUGCAGAAGCAGGGAUACUAGAUUGCAAGCCAGCUGAGACGCCGAUGGCUGUCAAUCAUGGGCUACAGAUUGUGAAGGGAGCUGAAUUGGCGGAUCGAGGAAAAUACCAACGUUUGGUAGGGAAACUCAUCUAUCUUUCCCAUACUCGGCCUGAUAUUGCGUAUGCUAUUGGAGUUGUGAGUCAGUUUAUGCACCAACCACAAGCCGACCACAUGGAAGCUGCGCUCAGAAUUAUGAGAUACUUGAAAGGAACCUUUGACUAUGGAGUACUGUUCAGGAAACCUGGACAUCUCGAGAUACAAGCCUACACUGAUGCUGACUGGGCUGGAAACCCAGUUGACAGGAAAUCAACAGCAGGAUACUUUGCAUCUGUGGGAGGAAAUCUUGUCUCAUGGAGAAGCAAGAAACAAAAGGUGGUUGCUCUCUCAAGUGCAUAA